AUGUCCGCGUUUUCCGGUCCGUGGUUGUGGACGCGAUCGUCGAUGUUGAGACGUUGGUCUUUACUUUGUCUGAGCGCGAUUGAGUGUGUUUUUUGCACCGGAGUGAUGUUUGGAGCCUCGUCGUUGUUCGUAAUCAUGAGAAAAGAGGGACAAUAUUCCGAACUGUGUGCCUCGGAUGAAAAUGAUACCGAUCAUACUAACGAUAGUAAUAACAACAACAACAACACCAACAACACUUUUACCACCGCAAUCGCCACGUGCGCGAGCGCAAACGUGAGAUAUUCUCAAAUCUACACCGCUGGAGCGUUCGGGACGCCGGUUUCACUUUUAGUCUGGGGCAUCCUCGUUGAUAAAUUCGGAGUGCUGCCAUGUCGAUUGAUGAGUCUACUCAUAUUCGCGGCCGGGUGCGUCCUUUUCGCAGAAUCCGACUCUGAACAAUUUGAUGCGUUUAUAGCGGCGAGUGGACUGCUUUCAAUCGGUGGUGCGGGCUUUUCUCUCUCGCAUUAUACGUUUUGCUCGCACUGGGAGUCUACGCGAUAUUUUGAGACAUCGCACGCCAUCAUGAAUACCGCCUACGAUGCUUCGACGAUUUGUUUCCUGAUUUUCAUGUUGUUGCAUCAGUCCGACGCGGAAAUAUUUUCCAUGCGGCAUUUGUUUUACAUUUUAUUCUUUAUGAGCGUUCUUUUCCUGGUAUUAUCGCACAAACGUGUUUGGGGUAAAUACAUGGAACGACCCGAAGAAAUAGUCUCUGAGUCGGGAGCUCGACAGCUUAAGAAUAUAGGGAGUAUGAAACGUCUUGGAUUCAGUUCGUCCAGUUAUUUUGAUAGGAAAAUUGGUCGCAGUGCCGCUACGCAUAACGGCAGAAUCAUUAAUGAGAUGACGUUUCUGGAGCAAUUGAAAACACCUCAUUAUCUGUGGCUCUCUUUGUGGUCGUUUAUUUGUAUUUAUAGAAUCAUGUUUUUGCUCGGAUCAGUUUUCGAACAUUUAUUGCUCGUCGGCGACGGACGAGAUUACAACGACGCGAAUACACUGGUUACACUCUUUAAUGGUUUGAUUUUGACUUCUAUUCCAAUAUUCAGUUUAACGGGUUCGUUUGUAAAUAAGUUUGGACUUGCGAUUAGUAUCGCCGUGGUGAACGUGCUUGGAAUAAUCUCGUUUAUCCCAAUUCUAUACAACGAUUCGUACUGGUCACUUUGCAUCGGUUUUAUCGCAUUUGGAAUAUUCAGGUCUACUUUUUACACUACGAUAACUGUGUAUUGCCAGAAUGUGUUUGGUGUGAAUACGUUUGGUAAAAUGUACGGAACUGGUGUCGGCGUUUGGGCUAUUCUAUCGGCGGUUUUGCAGUAUCCGACGAUGAAUUCUGCUUUGGAGAGCGACUCUCCGAAGAAAGCGUUCUUCUAUAUAGAUUUGUUCCUCAUCGCAUGUGGCGUCUUUCUGUUUGCUAUGCCAAUAUGGCUGCAUUUGACCAUGAAAUAUAGCAAAAGAGAAUUUGAUCGGUUGCGAGCCUUGAAGGCCGACGUCGUCGGUUCGGCAACGAAACAACAGGAACAACAAGGUGGACAGAUAAAUAUAGCAUCCACGGACGACGACGACGACGACGGUAGCACAAACGGCGAUGAAGUCGUUAAGAGAUAG